CCUAAUUCCUCACGAAGUCUCCUAACCAUCUUUCCUUGACCCCGUGACGUUUUCCACAGACGCCAAUGAGUAGUGGUUAGGAACAGACGUCAGGAGGUGUUUCCUUUUGACCAUUCGAAUCACACCGUAGUUUGGUCCACCUCUGAGUGGAGUUAUUGAGUUCUAGCAGAAAAGGAAACGAAACUCAACACCGUCAUCUAGAAGGAAUGUGACGGAUCAUGUUUGAUGUUUGUGGUUUCCACCUGUCUCUGUGCCAGUGGUAAACGCCCCAAUGACCCACCUUUGGUUCCUAUCCCCAACCCGCCCAUAGAGAGAAAGACACUGCAGCUGUGACAGGAAUCAAUCCAAACCAGCAAUGGACAUCACACCUGCAGCUACUCCCACUGAUGCUGGAGCUAAAAAUACAAAAAAGGUGCAGUUCAACAUACGUGCAACGUAUAGGAGACCGAAGAUAAUGAGAGGAGUACAUCUUAAGAGAACAAUAGUUGGAAUGCUUAACAGCAUAGUUUGGUCCAACCCUUGGGUGUGGUUGUUGACUUCCACCUGAUGAUGCGGAGAAAAGGAAACGAAACUCAACACAGCUGCUUUCCAGCGUUUCAUAGAGAGAGAAAGUUGACGACUCAGAUUGGAACAUUUAGCACAUCCAUUCGGUUCAUAUCGUAACCAUACAGGUGAUACAAUUGGGAACCGAAGACAUCAAACGACCACGAGGAACAUGUCUGCUGCAAGGAAGGAGCUUCAGGAGGCCAUGUGCUGCUACAUCAACGACACCCUCCUCUACAUCAGCACAGUGAGAGAGUUCUGUGAGCGGGUCCAUGAGUGGAGGCUUGGCAGGGAGACCGAGUUGCACAUGAUGAUGGACAUCAAAGAAAGGGCCGACGACAUCGACCUAAGCAUCGACCACGUCACCAAGUCGGAGGACAAAUUUGGGGCUUUCUUUCGGUACUUAGAGAGCAAGUUCACCCAGGUGACUGCAGACAGCAGGUGCACCGAGCUGGAGGCGGAGCUGGCUGCCGUGCUGAAGGACACUCUGGGAGGUCUGGAGAAGCUCCACUGCUUCCUGGACGCAGUGGAGAACCUGGCGGUCACCUCCCUUCAUGUUUUUACGUGUGAGAACUCCAUGUUGCAUCUGCCAGAAGGGAUCCGCCCCCAAGACGUUCAGGUUGUGAUCGCCGCUGCACGGAUGACCUGCUCCCUCCUCAUCGAGUUCAGAAGAGAUGCAACAGCCUUCUUCCUUCCUAAACUUCAGAAUGUGAAGGUGCUCUCAUAUCAGCUGGACAAGUACAUUAAGUCCACGCAGAAAGUCUGUGGGACGUUAGAGAAAAGCUCCCUCAGUGAAUUCUGCAUAGAGAUGAACAACGAAACCCUGGUGGAUCUCGAUGUGGAUUUGUCUGAAGAUGAUAUUCAGAGGAUGCUUCGUCACAUUAAGAAGCUGGAGGAAAUCAGGAUGAACCAGAGCUUCCGGACGGUGUUCUUGUUUCAGGGGGAAUCUUCUAACUUCACCUCUGAGUUCAAAGAGCGCAGGCCUCGGAUGCUUCAGUUUCUGGAAGACCUGGAGGAGAAUGCUGUUCAGCUGGACCGGAUGAAUAAAGGGGCAAAGAUCUCCAGUGUGGUAGGCAGCUCAGUGGGGGCAGCUGGAGGUGUGCUUUCCAUCAUUGGUUUGGCAUUGAUUCCUGUAACAGCUGGAGUGUCUCUCGCUCUCACAAUGACUGGGGUCGGGAUGGGAGUCACCAGCGGAGUCAACGGAUUGGUCACCACUGCCACAGAGAUGGGUGUAAACCACACACACCAAAAGCAAGCCAGGGAGGUCUUCCAGAGCUUCAUGGAGGAUGUGCAGAUUCUCCAGGAUUGUCUGGAGGAGGUCAGCCAAAAGGUUACUACCCCAGAAGAGGUGGUUCUGGGAGGAGGCACGGUGCUCUGCAGAGUUGGUGCCAUUGGAACAGGCAUCGAUGGACUUGUGGAUGCGGCCGCAGCUCUUAAGAUGCUAAAGAGUGAAGACCUGAUUGUAGGUGCUGGCAAAGUGGCGAUGCAGGAAGGGAAAGCGCUGCGGAACGCGCCCAGGUUGGCGGCGGACCUCCCUGAUAUCGGUCAGGCGGCGGUCAAAGGGCCUCUGGCCCUCUCCAAUUCGGCAAGAGCCGGUCUCAUCGGGCUCAACGCUCUCUUCCUGGGCCUGGAUAUCUUCUUCAUCUGCAAAGACAGCAUCGGUCUGGCCAAAGGCUGCAAGACCGAAUUCUCCCAGUUCAUCAGAGCCAGAGCUGCACUUUGGCGCUCAGAGUUGGACUCGUGGCAGAAGAUCUAUGACUCACUGUGCAAAGGUCUGCGCACAGAAGAGGCGAAAACGGUAUCCCUGGAGACGCCAUUUUAUCCUGAGAAUGGUGAAAGUGCCGGUAACGAAUAUUUCAAGAAUAUUCCUUGUUGGAUUUUUUUCCUUAAAUUGUUUUUCUGUUAUUUUUGUCCUCUUGCUUUUGCAACAUCACAAUACAGACUUGACCAAUAAAAUGAAUUUGAACCCAAAAUACAGUUUUAAAAGUACUUGUAGUGGCCAUUCAUCCUUGGGACCAACAAAUCAUUACAUGCCAAAGACCACUGCUGCACCAAGUUUUGUUUCCCUUCACACAGUAAGAAAGUGGAUUGUCUGGGCGAUCUCUUUGUUUCGUAUUUACAGAAGCCACCAAACACAUACAAUACAACUUUGCUGCCUUCCUAUGCAGUGCAUGCUGGUCCUAUACCUGGCUAUGCCCUUAGAUAACUCCCAGUAAUUAACUAAAACUACACAUACUGACAAAAUGAUUAAACCAAAUUGACCACAAAAAGCUUAAUAUCUUAAUACUAUAUCUAAUAUUUAAGAAUAAAUAACUAAAUAACUGCUCCGACAGUACUCUCUCUAGUGUGUUUAACACUAACCGCCAUAAGGCUUCUUUGGAUUUUGUCUGUCCCUCCUGCUGACCUUCAUGAGGUGCAACUGAAGCUUCCUGAUGUUGUGCAUCACACUCACCUCGACACAGAUGUUGAGCUAAGAAAGGAUGCAUGUUGUUUCAGAGUGUUAGAGGAAGCUGAAGCACAAUGAUGUCUGGUAUAUUGCUGAUAUCAGCAUCUUUAAAUCCUUGAGUAAAUAAUCCAUGCUGCUGUGCUCUGGUUGUUUUCUGCAGAGUUUCUGCUGCUAAACGCAGAACUAUUUGGAGCGUUUGCAUAAUUAGGCAGAUGCUAACGGCUCUGAAUUAGGUUUCCAUUGAUAUUGAUGGACUUGACCUUAUGAGACCUUUAAUUUGUUUUAUUUAGGAUAU